CUGAUUUAACGUUUUUCAGUGUACAACCACAUCUGCGAGUGGCGAUAAUCAUUUUUAUUCUGUCAUUGAGGUUAUUGCUUGAACUGAGAAUUUUCACGUGAGUUUUGAGGCCGAAAUGUUGUUUGGGGUUAUGGCGAAUUCGUGUGAAGUUGAUCGACGAUCAUUUCUGCGCCGCGCGCGGAUUUGACACUUUCGAUUCAGUUCGAUAAACAUUAGAGUUCGAGCAAACUGUUUCUUCUUCAUCAGAGCUUCUUCCCCGCCGGUGGUUUCAGAUUUUUUGGUUAUUUAAAUCGACAGAGUGUAAUUGGCAAUCAUCCCGAUGGAAAAAAGCGGUCAAGCCCAAAAGGCCUGCGGAUGCAGGCCAAUGCAGCUUCCAAGUUUGCCUGUCCGAUCCCAAGGCCCGGCGACAUCGUCGGAAAAGGAACUCGCCGACUCGCCCAAAUAUUAUCAAGAAAUCGGUGCCGAAAUGAUCGGCAAUCAAUUGAUCAUUCGAGUCGAGAAGGACAAGAACAGAUUAUCGAAGCGAAAAGGCGGAGAGUGGGACCCUCCGUGCGAUUGUGCAAUCCCGGAAAUUCGUAGACCCUCCAAUAAUCAGGGACCGAAAAUCGUCAAUGCCGGUGACAACAAUCAAAUCCUAUUCAGAAUUCGCUCGAGAACCCUCGUCGGCAAGGACGACACUAAUUACAAGCCUGAAGCCUUCGCUUAUCAAGUAUUUUCCCAUAGAUUCACUGUUUUUCACACCACGAUCCAACACAUUGUUAGGGAUAAAGUUUGUCAUGAAAAUUCAUGAACUUUGGGUCAAGUUCCGAUCGCAGCAUCCCUAACAUUGUACGGGAUCGUUAUUUUUAACGACUGGCCCUCACAGUUCGUAGUUAAAAUGCAGUGGCUACAGGGUGUUCGUUGACUCACGAAAUUAUAGCGGGAUCGCGAUGAUUUCGUUCGAAAGGUUUAUCAGCUUUUCAAAUUAUUAACCAAGCACCAAAAUUUCCCUGCAGCUGGCAGGUGCCAAAAGAGGAAAAGACCCAAAUGAUCAGCAAAGGACGAUCACGGUCCAUCCCUCGCUGGCCGAUCCGUCACACUCUCAAGAAGUCCACAGCGAUCAUAUAACGGACGGCAAUCAAAACAUAUAUUUGUUGCGCAUAAACAAAAAGAGCGCUCCGCCGGGACAGAGAAAGCGGAAUAUUGAGUUGGAGCUGAGAACACCGAAGCCACCGACACCCCGGCCAGCUUCCCAGCGACCUCUCGUCGUCCGUAAACCUGAAACCCCAAAGCCACCAGCUCCGCUUCCGGUUGAAUCGAGCGUCCCCCCGGUCGAGGUAAUCAAAACGGCUAAGAAAGCAGAGAAACCAAAGAAAAAGAAGAAAAAGAAAAAGUGAAGUAAUCGCGUCGUUUAUGCUUUUUCGUAUUGGAAGAAUUUCUGAUCAUAUAAAUAUUCGAAGUUGCUUGCAACGUAA